AGUCGAGGGCUGAAGCUGUUGACAUAACAUGAGUCACGCGCGUGCAUACAUUGAAGACUAUCGUCGAUAAUCGCUGCGGCUGGACCGAAAGUCAGAAGCAUCCGGCAUUAUGGGCAUGGGCUGGGGAAAUUGCGAUCUCACGAUGGCCAAGUCUAUCGAGCUGCAUGGUGUUGUCGCGCACCGUUGGCUUCUGAGCGCGCGUACAUGGCAGAUAGACCACGAGCCUAGUCUCGUCCAUCGCCACCACCGACGCAAGGUCUGCAAGGCACAUUUGCCGGUACCCAUGACAUCCAAGUCAAGAUCCUGUCGCAAUCGGCCAAACGCGACCAACCACGGCAUCACAACGCACAAGACACUGCAAAAGUGUUGUGACUGCAAUUUGACUUUGCCCAUAUCUUCUCACCGGGACAACCAAAUAAGCCCCUCCCAUGCAGCUCUCACCACACACCAAGACUCUCGCGUGCAUGUUCCCAGCCGCCUUCCCAGCCCUAAACCCAUCCGCCAGGCCCCGCGACCGAGGCAUCGUUUGCUUUUGCACCAGCAGAAUAGCGACGACAAGAGUGAUCUUCGGUUGAAGACUAAAAGUAAAAGCCUUGGGGGCGCAGCGCCACAAUCGUUGCACUGAGACACGCGCAGUCGCACCAGCCACCCGCCCCCGACAAGGACGUCAACCUUGGUGGUCUGUUUAUCAAAGCCAUCUCCGGACUAUCUUUGAUAAGGAGCAGGAUGUAACUAGCACGUGACUCCGGCGUAUCCCUCAGACCUUAUGUAGCCGUAAACUUUUUCCCCUACCAAACGCUGUACAAUCCAGAACGCCGUUUCAUGCUGGCCCACUCCCAAUCCCAGUCCCUGUGACCAAGGUCGGUGAUGCCCCGCGCUACUAUUAGAUAUUACUGCAUCGCGGAAGACUCAAUCGGGUGCGCGAUUUGCAGAUUAAGAAGAG